AUGAAAGACAGACCCACAAACAUAAGGCAACUGAAAAUUCCUGACUUGUGCAAGUAUCAGAAAUUUUAUAUGCAUACUACAGGUGAAACAAAAAGGGGGCAGCUCCCCAAAAUCCCCCCCAUCAUCCCAGGGAGGAAGCUGGGAGACAGAGAAGGAGAAACUGAGGUAGGCACAUGCAUCCCUCGCAGGGCUCCAGACGGCUCCUGCCUGCUGAGCAACAGUGCCGACAACACCCUGCGCAUCUAUGACCUGCCGCCCGAGCUGUACAGCCCCACAGGGGGGCCUGCUGCUGAGAUGAGCCCAGCGCUGUGCAUGGCCGAGGGCGACACCAUCUAUGACUACUGCUGGUUCCCGCUGAUGAGCUCGGCUGAGCCGUCCACCUGCCUCGUGGCCAGCAGCAGCCGGGACAACCCGAUCCACGUGUGGGAUGCUUUCAGUGGGGAGCUGCGGGCCACGUACCGCUGCUACAACCACCUGGACGAGCUGACGGCUGCCCAUUCGCUCUGCUUCACCCCGGAUGGGGCCCAGCUCUUCUGCGGCUCUGACAAGACUGUGAGGGUCUUCGACACUGAGCGCCCAGGCCGGACCUGCGAGGUGCGGCCCACCUUCGUGAAGCGGCAGGGCCAGAGCGGCAUCGUGUCGUGCAUCGCCUUCAGCCCAGUGCAGCCUGUCUAUGCGGCCGCCUCGUACGCGCGCACAGCGGCGCUCUACGCCCGGGCCGACGGUGCCCCCCUGGCGCUGCUGCACGGCCACUGUGGCGGCAUCACCCAUCUGCUCUUUGCGCCCGAUGGCCAGCGCCUCUUCACUGGCGCCCGCAAGGUGGGCAGGGCUGGGACCUUGGGGGUGGCUUCUCUGGGUGGGGCUAGAGCUGUGUGGGUGGGGUCUGAGGGUGCAGCUAGGACUGGGGGGCAGGGUCACUCUGCCCCUCCCAGGAGCGGGCGGUACCUGGUGAGUGGUGACACGAGGGGGCUGAUCUGUGCCUGGGACACGGCACAGCCCCCCCCUGGGACCCCUGAGCCCGUGCUGGAGCCGGCCCUCGCCUUCCAGGCUGUACCCGACUGCGUCAACGGUAUCAGCCUGCACCCCAGCCUGCCGCUGCUGGCCAGCACCUCAGGGCAGAGGGUCUUCGCGGCACCAUGGGACAGCAGUGACGACGAGGAUGGGGGCUCCCUGCCCCCCUGCUCCCACAAUGCCUUGCAGCUGUGGUGGUGCGCCAUCCCAGGCGGGGGGCAGGAGGCCCAGCCUGACCUGUGACCUGCCCCCUCCAGGCUUGGACAUGAUGG